GCGGGCACAAGAGGAGGAGCAAUCACAAGUUAAAAUAGACGCCGUUCCCAAUCUGCACGAGCUCAGACGCAGGAUGUGCAGAGGAAGGUUGCAGAGCUCUCGAAACUGCUGUUAUAGCAGCUGGCCGUCAAGGAAUACAGUUAUCAGACGGGAAAAGAAGUACAUCUGUUGGAGCCGAAAUAGAAGCGGAGGAAAAGGAGGUCAUAGAAAAGAGAAAGCAAAGACGUCAGAAAGAGAGGCCUGCCAAGAAACGUCUCACUGCUCGACGAAGAAAUCGGAUGGGGACUUGUGUGCCGCGGGGGAGAAGUCGCAGGCAGGCAACGGUCGAGGAGCGUGCCGGCGGAAACGGGGAAACACGGCUCGGCUUACCGUUUAGGAAAUGGUGGAGCUCAUGCAGCAAUAUUCUGGAAGGAACGGGCCAGUCUAGGCAUAUCUCUGCACGACACAUUUUAGAGAGGGCCCGGACGUACGAGAGACAUUUCAAGCACGCACGAGAUUAUUAUGGCCGAUAGGGACCAUGACUCAAUAUGCCACGUCAGAUGGACUUUGGUAAGGAAAGUGAAAAGACAUGUGUCCUGGGGCCUAUGCCCUCAUCAUAACUUUCUUGAGAGCAAAGAUUACGACCAUUCGUGGUUCAGACCAACUUUGUCCCCAACUCCUUUUAUC